AUGGCCACUCGCCGCCUGUCCUCGCUUGUCCACGGCGCCGUCAAUGAGGAAUACGACUCGUCCCUGGGGAACGAGGCCCAAUUGGCGAAAUUGGGCUAUGAGCAGGAACUCAAACGUUCCUUCAGUCUCCUGGGCAUGGUCGGCUUCAGCUUCUCCAUCGUCACCUGCUGGACCGCCCUGGGUGGCACUCUGAUCGUGGGCAUCGUCGCCGGCGGGCCUCCCGUCAUGAUUUGGUCGUGGGUCGGCAUCUGCCUGCUCUCCCUGUGUGUCGCCUACUCCUUCGCUGAGAUGUGUUCGGCCUAUCCCACCGCCGGCGGCCAGUAUUCCUGGGUCGCCAUCCUCGCUCCACCCAAGUACGCCCGCGGCACCGCCUGGGUCACCGGCUGGUUCAUGUGUACGGGAAUUGUCGCCAUGGGCGCCGUGAACAACUUUAUCUGCUCCAACUUCAUCCUCGGCAUGGCCAACCUCAACAGCCCGGGCUACACCAUUGAGCGCUGGCACGAUGUGCUGGUCACCUAUCUGGUGGCCAUCUGCGCCGCUCUAGUCAACAUCUUCCUCUCCCGCUUCCUCAACCAGAUCUCCACUUUUGCGGUGGUUUGGAACAUCAUGAGCUUUUUUGUCGUCAUCAUCACUCUCCUGGCCUGCAAUGACCACAAGCAAUCCGCCAGCUUCGUGUUCUCCGAAUUCCAGAACGACACGGGCUUCUCAUCCGCCGGCAUGGGCGUCAUGAUCGGUCUGUUGCAGACUCUGUUCGGGAUGUGCUGCUACGAAGCUCCUUCACAUUUGACAGAAGAAAUGAUAAAUCCGACCAAAGAGGCGCCGCAAGCAAUCAUCCUGUCGGUGUACCUGGGGGCGGUGACGGGUUUCGUCUUCCUGAUCACGGCAUUUUUCUGCAUCGGCGACCUGGAUGCCACGGCGGCCACGCCAACAGGCGUCCCUCUGAUCCAGAUCAUGUACGAUAGCACUGGCAGCAUCAAGGGCGCCACGGCAUUGUCGUGCCUGAUUACGGUGAUUGUGCUUAUCUGCGCAAAUAGCCUGAUGGCUGAGGGCAGCAGGGCGCUGUGGGCGUUCGCGCGCGACCAUGGCCUGCCCUUCUCCAAAGUCUUCGCAAAUGUCAACAAGCGCUCACAAGUACCCGUGUACUCGAUACUGCUGUGCAUGGUGAUCCAGAUGGCCCUGAACAGCAUCUACUUUGCCAGCUACGAGGGCUUUAGCACCGUCAUCUCCAUUGCCACCUUCGGCUUCUACAUCUCGUACGCCAUGCCGCUGUUCGUCCGCCUGUGGGGUUACUUCACUGGCCACGACGUCGCCCAACGCAUUCCCGGUGCCUACACCCUAGGCAAGUGGAGCCCGCUGAUCAACGCUGUCGGCUUGGUCUUCCUCGUCUUUGCCGGCAUCGACUUCAAUUUCCCCCAGGUCGGCCCCGUCUCGGGCGACAACAUGAAUUACUGCAGUGCCGCCUUCGGCAUCAUCGGCAUCAUCAGUCUUGUCACCUGGGUCUUUGAUGGCAGGAAGAACUUCACCGGCCCCAAGACCGGCCCCGUCGUCAGCGGCAUUGAGGCAGACGAGCGCAAAGCCUCGCCGGUCCUAGGUCUCGUCGACGGCCACGGCACUAGUGUCGAUGGUAGUGAUCAGACACGCAGUAAAGAAAAGGCCGCGGAAGUUGCCGACAAGCUGGCGUGA